CCCCCACCCACCACCAUUUCCUGGGCUGGCUGCUUAAGAGCUGGUAUAAAGGACUUGUUUCCUGGUGAAAAAGCAGGAAGACGGUGCCAGCUACAGACGAGUUAUGAGUCUGGUCUUCCUGCUGGUCCUUGUGGGGGUUACCUUCCCACUGCCAGGAGUGCAGGCGCUGGUCUGCCAGCUGGGGACAGCUAAGGGUGUGUGGAAUGUAUCCGACCUGCCCCUGUCGUGGACCCCUAAGGAGACCACCUGCACCAGCGGCUGGGGGUGCCAGGACACGCUGGUGUUCAUAGAGAGCGGACCCAAAGUGAGCAUGGUGCUCUCCAAGGGCUGCACUCAGGCCGGGGACCAGGAGCCCCGCGUCACUGAGCACCGGAUGGGCCCCGGCCUCUCCAUGACCUCCUACACCCAUGUGUGCCGCCAGGGUGACCGCUGCAACAACCUCGUCACCUCCGCCCCGCUCUGGGCCUCGCCGCGGCCAGCAGACCCAGGGUCCUUGAGGUGCCCAGUCUGCUUGUCUCCGGAAGUCUGUCUGGAGAGUACAGAAGAGAUCUGCCCCAGAGGAAGCACAGACUGCUAUGAUGGCCUCCUCAGGCUCACGGGAGGGGGCAUCUCCUCCAAUCUGAGAGUCCAGGGAUGCAUGACCCAGCCAGGCUGCAACCUGCUCAAUGGGACCCGGGAAGUUGGGCCCCUGAGUAUGACUGAGACCUGCAGUCCCACGCAGCAUUCAGAGCCACGGCACCAAAGCCAGAAGGAGAAAGAUUUUCUGACCUGCUAUCGGGGCAUCUUCAUCCAGUCAAGGGAGAACUUGAGCCAAGAACCCACUGAAUGGACCGCAGCUGCCACCGAGACUUGUGAGGCUGGGCAGGUGUGUCAGGAGACGCUGCUGCUGGUAGACAUAGGAUUCACAUCAACCCUGGUAGGGAGCAAACGCUGCAGCGCUGUUGGGGCUAAGGAUUCCCAGACGAACUCCAUCCACUCACGCCCUCCUGGGGUGCUCGUGGCCUCCUAUUCCCACUUCUGCGCCUCCAACCUGUGCAAUGGAGCCGACAGCAGCAGGGUCCUGCUGAACUCUCUCCCUCCUCAAGCUGCCCCUGUCCCAGGAAACCGGCAGUGUCCUGCCUGCCUGCAGCCCUUUGGAUCCUGCUCAUCUGACUCCCCCAAAAUGACCUGUCCUAGGGGCGCUGAUCAUUGUUAUGAUGGGUACAUUCGUCUCUCAGGAGGUGGGUUGACCACCACAAUGAGCAUUCAGGGCUGCGUGGCCCAACCUGGCUUCUUGUUGAACCACACCAGGCAAAUCGGGAUCUUCUCUGUGCGUGAGAAGGAUGAUGUGCAGCUUCCUGUCCCUGAGCCCCAGGGAGGUGGGGCCGGGAGCCUGGAGUCUCUCACAUGGGGGCUGGGGCUGGCACUGGCCCUGGUGCUGUGGUGGGGGACGCUUUGUCCUUCCUGCUAACUUCAUUUUCCCUACGAUUUUUCAUCCCGCUGACCACCACACCCAACCAUCCUUCUGACCUCAUACCGUCAUGGCCUUGGACACCAAAUUCUUUUCCCAGCCUGUCCAUGGAUUAUCUUCCCCCCACACAACCAAUCACAUCUGUUCACCUAAUAAAGACCCUGGGGAGGACCCGGAGCAGCUGGACUUGCCCUAUGGGAGAGGGGACAUUGGAGGAGUGGCUGUGUGUAUCUGAUAAUAAAGACCCUGUCCUUUCUC